UUACAGCCACCGGAAACGAUCUCUGCAGUGGCAGCAGAAAAUAAAAAGGAGGCAAAGCUGAGAUUUAUUUUCAUGUAUCAUCCUGGACAAAUGUGUGUUGAAUGCGACUGUUACGUGGAAACAGUGUGGAGACACCCGGUGGCAUGACUGGACUCCUGUGUGCGCGGUUUGAUGAAGUAGUGCGCCGACUGUUUUGGAAACAUCGCACCGGCCGCGAGUAGAUUGUGUGGGAUAGUAAGAGCGGUCCUGCCCCCUUCAAUGACCAACCUACAGCGCUAGCGAUAAAACUUCGCUGGCGACACCGCAACCAUGGAAGGCUACCACGGGUAUUCGUAAGCAGUAUUGCUGCAGAGUUCUUGGUCCGCAGUAUAACGGUUUCAACAUGCCCGACCGGCGGUGCUACACGAGGCUAUCAGUUGCCUGAUAAUAACGUUAAAGGCCUGCUUUUUCCAUCUGGAAAUUUCUUUGCAGGGGAAGCAGGCCAGCUAGCACUGCUAGCGUUAGCCUUUCCGCGCUGCAUUUCUGGGCUUUGGCGGUGCAGGUUUUUCCAUGACUACGCCAUCGACUUUGGUGUGUAAUUCAAUGACUUUUUAACUCAACGUAUUGUAUGGGAUUCAUAUCGGCGAAAGAGAAGCGGGCCUAAGCCAAAAUGGUGAACUGGAGGCGGCUGCUGCGAAUGUCCAACCGAUCAUUUCUGGCCUUCAUAUUCUUCUUUUCCAUGUCCACCACUUGUCUCUACUUCAUUUAUGUGGCUCCUGGAAUAGCCAACACAUACUUCUUCAUGGUGCAGGCUCAGGGCAUCAUGUUGAGGGACAACGUGAGGACCAUUGGCCAGAUGAUCCGAUUGUACACCAACAAGAACAGUACACUCAACGGGACGGAUGCGACCAGACUGACCAGCAUGUGUGUACAUGACUAUCCCGACGGUAGUAACUCCAGUGAAUACCUGGUCCAACCAACCACGUACCUCCCUGAGAACUUCACCUACGUCCAGAACCUCCCCUGCCCAGAGCGAUUACCUUCUAUGAAGGGCCUUAUGGAAGUGAACAUGACAGAGAUCCCUAUGGAGACGAUAGAGCUGAAGUUCUCCAAGUUUUAUGGCAUUGAAUUUGGAGGCCAUUGGAAACCAAAGGACUGCAGACCUCGCUGGAAGUCCCGGUAUAAGCUGCUGAGGUAUUCCAAAGAGCGACAACACCUGGACGGCCUCAACAACCUCCGUUACAGCCCCCACAUCUCCCUCAGCAGUCUCUACAAGAACAUCACGGUGGACCUAUACCCCGAGCUCGCUCCUAUAACGGACUACUGAACUGCCCCCACCAACCCCAACCCAACCUCUCCUCCCCAGCUCACCCAGCUCCCCUCCAGCCUGGCCUCCCAGUGCCCCGUUCAGCCAUGCAGAGGAUGGAGGAGAGGAGGGGGGCACAGGCCAGGGGGGUGAAGAGGCGCACCAUGUUAGCUGCCAAGAAAUCUUAGUGAGGGGAAAAAAAGAAAAUCCAAACUGAAAAAAUGAGGUGGCAGUGGCAAGUCUGUCAAAGUUAACUGUGUGUGUGUGUGUGUGUGUGUGUGUGUGAGAGAGAGAGAGAGAGAUGGGUGAGAAGCUGCAUGUCUUUUUGUCCGUGCCGGCUUAACUACUGCAAGUUGACAUGAGUCUUCGUUUAGGUUGGAGGGAGCAGCAGCAUCUCAGCUCUGAUGUUUACUGCAAAGCCUUACUGUGGCAGAACCACAGCUCCCUCUGCUCGGCUCUGCGCUGCUUCACUUCUCAUGUAUCACCGUCACCUUACAAGCCAUCGUUCUACUACCAUUUGUUUUAAACAUAUCAUAUAUUAGGCCACAGUUUUCCUUUAACGGAGGGAACUGAGCAAGGUCAGCAUUGAUGUUUUUUUAUUUUGAUACGUGGUAUUUAUUUUCUCUGGUUCAGGGUGUUUGAAGAAACACUCAUCUGUGUUUGCUGUUAGUUUUGCUGCACUGCUGCUGAAUCCGCAUGAACUCGUAUGUAAAUAUCGGCCUCUUAAAGCUCGAACACAACACAGAAAUGUAAAUAUGGGCCUUUAUGCGCUCAGGCAUAUUCCAGCGAUACUCCAGUGGGUUUGAAUUUUAUUUUGGCAGCUACCUUUGUUCUGAGGAUUUAAUAAGAGUGAGUGGUGUCUUCUAUAUAGGAUAUAUAGGAUGUUUGGCUUAAAACAGAACAAAACAGAAGUAUCCAAAUCUGAAGAUUUGACAUUAUCUUUUGCAUGCCUUAAUUUAUUUUGUUUACCUGUUUUUGUUCUUCUUAAGCAUAAAUUAUUUCACCAGUUGGAGAGUGUAUAUUUUUUCAUUUUGCCUUUUUUCUUUGAGGUGCACUGUGUGAAAAGAGUAGAGCUGCUGCUCAGAAAGAGGGAGUCCAUAGUCCACAGCAGGAUUUUGUCCACAAAGCACACUUUAGUGCAGGUUCAUGGUCUCAUGUCAGUGUACAUUUUUUGUCUCAGAUGUGUUUUUAGUUUAUUUUCAUUUUUUUAUGAUUUUUAUUCUAGUGAGUGCUAGACAUGUGAUAAAGCUCUUCAUUGUACUGUACCAUGCUAUGAAGCAUGGGCAUUUAAGCUGGAUGCUGUGUGUGUCUGGACUGUGGUGUAAUUAUUUUCUUGCUUGAAGGGCCAGAAUGAGAGAACCUUAGUGUCAGCUCCUCACAGCUGAAGCUACUGCUGUUCUUGAAUGGCACAUGCUGUGAAAAGUUUCAUUUCUUAAAGCUUUGAGCACUAUAAAGAUGGAGUGUAACGUGUAGGCAGACGAUAUCUGAACAGAUGUUCACUGUUAGGAUUCUCGUCUAUAUCGCCAUAUCUCUUUUAAAUUGGACCGUGAAUUGUGUUUUGGGACAAUUUUUUUUAUUGUAUGUCCUGCAAUGAUAAGUCAGAACUCAAACUAUUUUGACCUGGCCAUUAUUUACUGUCUUAUCAGACUAUUUCAUUCAUGAGCAAGAUUCUCACUUCUCUGUGAGACCGGUCCAACGACAGCCCAUUUAGGUCUCUGGUGACCAAAGACAUGUAAGAACUUCGAACCAAAGGGUCGCUCUGUGACUGCUGCUAAGACCCACGGCUACAAACCAAUCAGAAUAAGACAUGAAACACACUGUCCAACCCAACAGAUCUCUCACCACAUCAGCUUACGUACUUGCGUCAUGUGGUUUAGGUAGGGAAUGAACUGGAGUUGGGGCAGAAGGAUGAUGGCCAUUGAAGUUGUUUCUGCUUGCAUAUUUCCAUUUUUCUUCUAUAUACGAACAGUUGGUUAGCUGAUUGACAGAGUUAAUCUGCAACUAUUUAGAUUACAGAUGGAAGUCGAAAACAGAAAUGCCAAAUUAUUCAGUCCAUCUAACCAAAUGUGAAUAUAUGUUUAGGAUAAUAAAGCAAAUAUCUUUAGAUUUUUGGUCUAUUGGGUAGACAAAGCAAGCAUUUUGAAGACAUCACGUUGCAGUCUGGGAAAUUGUAAUUUUAUAGGCAGACCAAUGAAGGGAUUCAGUGAGAAAAUCAGCAGAUUAGUUGGUUGCAGAUUUUGUUUUCUAUUCCCAUUGUAGCACUGUAAUUGACCAAGCAUUCUAACGUGCCUCAACGGUGAUGUAAUGAUGAAUAGACAUUAUCAUCUCAUCUCAAAAUGAACCUGUGCGAUGGCCGCUGGCACACAGCGUGUGCAGUCAUGCCCUCCUGUCUGUACUAGCCGGCGAAUAAAAGCAUGUCUUCUUUUGAAGUGGUGAUACUCAUGACAUGACCAAGUGUUCCACUUGGUCCAUGGCCUUGUAACCAAAGUGUUUGCACCAAUGGUGAUUUUGGUUUUAGGCUUAAACGUUACACAUGUUGAAAUGAUGUUCUGUGUGUGCUGUUAAUAUUUGGAGUAGCACACACUUGAAAGCCUUACACAAAUACAUGUUUAGUGAAGCAGUUGAUGAGGUUUUGUUGACAGUAGAUAGAUAGGUAAGAUGAAGGUGAAUAGGUUUCAGGUAUGAAAUGGCUAGAGUUAUUUCUACAGAUUGUUUCUUGUUUUAAAUAAGGGUUGGUUAGCACACCAGGGUUCCCAGCAGCCUGUACGUUUUUACAGAGUUGUUGUUUUCUUCUCUGAAAAGCAGAGUGUCUGAACAUCACACUACAGUACAAUGUGGCUUGUGUUCAGCCACAAAGCUUAAACACUUACUAGCAUGUUGAUCUGAUCAGAGAGAAGUGCAGAGUACCUCUGAUGCUUACGUUCACCCCUUCUAGCCGUGGUCUUUCCUGUCUGGGGAAGUGGACACCGAGCAGUGUUCAUUUAGCAGAUGCUUCUCUUGUGCAAUGCCUUCCUUAGCUUAGUACCACAAUUUUGCAUAAGAUAAGAGAGCAGCCCUGUUCUUAGGUUACUGGCUGUGAUCUGACUGAGUGUUGUUGAGAAGAACGUAGUAGUCAUAACUCCUGGUGAUCAGCUGGUUAGGGUGUAUACAAAACCAUCAUGCCAUUAAUUACGUGACACCCCCCCCUCCCCCACCCCACGUCACCACUGCACAUACACUUUCUGUUGAUCUGCACCUCCUGUUCUGUUGCUACGGUAUUCAGUACAGCAGUAAUGCCUUAAUUAUUAACUACUGUUUGGAGUGAUCUAAAAUAUCUUCAGAAGCAGUAUUCAGAUUUUGUAAAAUUUCAAAAAGAUGAACCCACUUCUUCUGAAUGGUCUGGUACAAUUAACAAAAGGAGUCAGUUUGAACAUGACACUAUGAAGAACAUGAACUGCAUGUUAGCGUUCCCUUUUACAUGUGUAACUAUCCAGCAAAUGAAGAAUGUUACAAACAUCAACUUUGUCCAAACGGCAACAAAAAGACAGGCUUCAUCAUAUUUUCUUGACUUCGGUAUUGAUUGAAGUAGUUGUUUCUACAAUCUACAACCCCCCCACCCCCCCACACAGUUUGAGUCUGAGUAUAUGGGUACCUUGGCCUCUACACGUCUCUGCCUCGGUCUGUCUGUAUUUCCCCCACGUCUGUAGUUUCAAGCAAAACAAACCUCAAUAAUUCUCUAAAAAAAAUCUCUGUUCAUGGUACCUUGCAUUUCCAGACCCGUUAUCUGGAGUAUCUUUUCUUAUUGUCGUCUACAACAGCCCAAAUUUAGACAUGACUUUGACCAGUAUUUAGUGGGGUUUGAUAUUGAAAAUGUUUCAGCAUUUCACAUGAUCGUCAGUAUACUUCCGAUUUGGGUGUCUCCACAGACAGUUGAGACUAGGGAGGAGCAACUAGAAUGACGGAAGUGUACAUGCCACUUUCCUGGGCCUUGAAGGAAGAUAUGUAGUAAGUUAAAGGGACACGCCAAUAAUUCAGAAAGACUCAGCAUCUUUCGUUAGAUCCUUUUAACCCUAACCCAAUAUAAGAUAACCCUGAUGACGUCCCUAUGACAUGAUCAGGGUUUUUUUUCUCCUCCAGAGCCACAGAAGCCGGCAUACAACUGCUUCCCUCGGUAGAGAAGUACUUGACUAGUACACCGAUGAUAAAACAGGUGGACUUCUCCUUCAACAACUGAAGCACUGAUAGAUGAGGCAGGUCAGUCAAGGGUUAACCACAAAUGUCACGGUCAAAAUGAAUACAUGAGUGUUUCCAAGCAUGACUCUGUUAGGAGAUGGCUGACAGGGCACUCAGUAUGUAGCACUGUAGAUCAGGCUGUGUUCCAUUAUUCUAAUGGAUCUAGUUUGCAGAGUGCUAAAAGGGAAAAUAUCUUGUCUGGGACCUAAAUUUUUCAUAUUUGUCCCUGGCUCUGAUAAGCGUUGGGUGUCAGGCCAGUGGGUCCCAGUAGCUGUGGUUGACUUCACCUUUUAUCACAUGACUGUCUGAAAUCCAAAAGUAUCUAAUACCGUUCAGAUGAUGUGUUCACCAUUAGGCAACUCUAUUCCAUUCUACUGUUUUUUUUAUUUGUGCCUUGAGUUCUUUUUCUUUCUUUUUCACUUUACAUUCUAACUGAAGAGAUUAAAAUUGGUUUUGUUUUUCCUGAAUUGUCGAUGAUUUGUCACCUUCUUUAAUUAUAUCAAGCCAGACUUGAAAAGUGUGACAUACGUAAAUGAUGAGAAUCCAAAAGAUCAGUCUCUCUGCUCCAGUGUGUGGCUGCCUUGACAUCAUGUGUAUUAACCCACUGUAUCUCACUGGAUGCGAGUCAUGUUCAAUGAAAAGACUGAGCUAUGAGUGCAGUCUGCACAUUUAAUGAGUGUUACUUGCAGUUGAGGGUUCAUCUUAUUUGCCAACCAAACUUCACUGCCCUCCAAAAGAAUGAACACAAGCACAUAUCAUAUCGACAAUUUUAAGCACAAAAUUGCUUAAGCUGUGAUGCUAAUCACAUCAAUUUGCAUGGCCUAGCCUAGCAUUACAUAGGUGGUUUAAAAAAAAAAAGAUAAUUUCCAUCCAGUUUCCAUGUGCAUGAUGACCAGAGCUGGUAGACGGAAGCUUUGCUUUUGUGAACAGCGCUGCAGGCAGCUUCCCACUGACGAGCAGUUAUUGAACAGCAUUAUGUUGAUAGUCAUACCUGUGCGAAAUCACCUGGUGCAACAUGACUCCGCUUCAGACUGGUUAUGUGAUUGUUUUUGGCAACACUGUGGUCUUUAUUUUUCCAUGUUCAGCAUGCACUUCUGUCAUCGUAUGAACAUUUAUUUCAUUUGUUGACUCUGAAAAAAAGUUCAUAAUUAGAAUCUUAUUGGCUGACACUGAUAUAUCUAUGAUAAUCGGCCAGUAUAUAUCUUGUCACAGAUAUCUCAAUGCAUAUGCUGGUAAAUAGAGAACAAGCAUCUACAAGUAUUCAGAUGUGUUGGAUGACAUUUAGAAACAGUGUUGCUGUUACAUAAUUUGUCCACCAGAGACUGCUGACAAGUUAUUUUCUUGACUGCAGUCUGGGUCACAAGUCUUUAUGAACCAAUUCAUACCACACGGUACACACUGGAAAGAGCUUUCAGCCACAUCUUCUGGAAUUCACCUGCAGAUGGAGAGUGCUCAUAAUAAUGAUAAAGAAUAAAGGCCGAUAUAUCGGCUGAUGGUAGUAUAUUGCAGAUCUAUUGGUAUCAGUGUAUUAUGGCAGCCAACAAGUAACUAGAACUUGUCUUAGAGAAAUGACAAAGAUCUGUUGCCCCACAUGGUUCACUAGUAGGCAUUCUGGAGCUUUCCAUUUUCUUCAUCAUUGUCUUCCAUAGCCCCACUUAUAACGUUUAAGUCUUUUUAAUAUUCUGAACAUGUAGAAUUCAUGACAACAGGGUAAACCCCAUUCGAACAUAAUGUGAUACAAUACAGAAGCUCCCUAACAGCGACUAAUUUAACUUUUGGUGACAAGAAUGCAUUGUCAAUCUUUGAAUUGAAUUGUUUGAAUUUCGUUAGUGUUGCCUUUUACAUGGUCCUCCAGAGAGCGCUGAUAAGUUGCAUUUAACUGUAAAAUUACCCACUCGCUACAUAUUUAAUAACAAAAAAGACAGAUUUAACCUCAUUCCAAAUAUUUGUGUUUAUGUAAAAUUAGUAUUGGUCUAUGUUAUCAAGUUUUGUAACCAUUCGAUAUCAGCCUCAAAUUCCAGUAUCAGUCCGGCUCAAAGUACCGAACCACCUUCAUUAAAACUUAAACAAUAAAACACCAUUGGCUGGUGAAGACCAUGACAUGUAACUGAAAGCCCUCUAAACUGACAUGCUAAGAAUUUUGUUUCUAUCAAACUGCUUUUUCCAAGGUCAAUAUUGAACCCUCAAUAUAUGUUUGAAGAAAAUGAGCUCAUAUAUUAUCAGAGUUUUUAUGCAUACCAGUAUCGGCCUCUAAAAUCCAGCAUCUGUCUAGCUAAUAAUUAAAAUGUUGCAAUGAUUUUGUAAACAUUGUUUAUGGCCACACUGGUAGGUAUUUGUUGGUGGCUGGAUGUAAGCGGAGACAUUUGCUAAGUAAUGCACUUAGAGCUUUAUAAAAAAAAAAAACUAAAAUAAGAAACGGAAUCAUUUGCUCAGUUCCAGCUCAACUCAGUCUGGGUGAUGGACCACAUUACUUCCAUCACAGCGUGAUGUGGGACCUGUAACAUAUUUUCUUUGUAGCUCUUUGAUCCUCUGUAUGUCAUCAUUGUAUGAUCACCAAGUUUUUCAUUUCCACAUGAGUUCAUGUCGAAGAAUAAAGCGGCGUUCUCCCUCAGCCAACCCUGUGAAUAUGCUGAUGUAGCACCCACUCUUGACAUGCUCAGUUUCUUCAGUUCUUAGCUCCAUUGCCAGACUUCUGCAGUGUUUGGUAACAGACAGUAUUAAAACGGUAUGAGUCUGGUGUUGAACUGUUACUUUGUAAAGAUUUUUUCUUUGUCAACAGAAGACAAAAUAAACACUUCAUUGCCAUAUUCAGAAAAA